GUCGAAAGCGCAGUGACACUGAGGGUUGGUGAUUGCCUCUGCCACAACUCAAGAAGACUGUUGUGGCUUACGCAAAAUGCCUCCACGAAUCCCAUUCCAGCCUUCACUCAAGGCUUUCAAUGGCUCCUCAUAUGUUCAAAGCCCGCUUGCUAGACUCUCGCUGAACCCGAACAAAACAUCCGUGAGAGCCGGCUCCGCUGAAUCGAGGGAACGCAAACGACAUGAUCCGUUUUUAAUGGCCCAGUCGCGUCAGCGUAAAGCUGCCAACCUAUCCCGUCAACAAGCUCUUGCCGCGGAGCGCGAUGGCUCUGUCGGCGACCCCGUCCACGGACAAACAACACCGUUUAUCGAAGAGCUACAAGUCAAGCAAUUUGGAAAACAUGAACCGCAUCCCAAUCAUUUCCUCACGCCGGAGGAGCUCAGCAAAUCUCUUGAACAUUCGAAGCGCUUGACCUCCCCCAUCGAAAACCUGAAUCGAGCAACAGCAGACCCGCAGCUGGAGAAAGAAGCCGCCGAAAGGCACCUCCAGGAACAUCUGAACGCGCAGGAAGCAAUCAAUCGAAUUGUGAAUAUCAGAAAUGGAAAUACUGCUGAUCAAAUGCGCCUCCGUAUACAGAAAUGCAUUGAGACGUUUGGGCGACACAACACGGACAAGACGUUGCCUCCGAAGCCCGCCAGCGUGCCACCAGAGUCGGCUACCGUUCAUUUGGAAAAGACUCCUCGUGCUGGCCCCGACACUGGCUCCCCGGAAGUCCAGGUCGCAAUUCUCACCGCGAAGAUUUUGAACCUGUCGAGGCAUCUGGAAACCACUAGGAAGGAUAAGCACAAUAAGCGCAACCUGCGACUACUUGUUCACAAGAGACAGAAGCUGCUUCGAUAUUUGCGCAGGAAGGAAAGGGGAGGCCCUAGGUGGAAAUACCUGAUCGAGAUGCUUGGGUUGUCGGAAGCUUCAUGGAACGGCGAGAUUAGCAUGUAAUUGAUUCUGGCGUUUGUAUACUAGCUUGUUUUUCCUUCCGAGUUUCUUCCCAACGAAGCGUUGGCCUGUACCUUUACGAUAUUCGAUUAUAGUGGCAUGUCGGGUCGUUUGACGCUGCCCUCACAUUUCUUUUUACUUGUAUAGAUACAACUUGCAUUAACUGAUGCCAGCCAAAUAGGACACCCCUCAAUUCCUCUUGUUAUUCAAUUAUAGAAUAGCAACUGUACCCGCUUGCUCUCGGUCAGAAAAACUACUUUAGUGAGCAUGCUCGACAAGCUCUACCUUCGAUAACCUCGAGAGUGUACUCCGUAAGCUCUGGCGAUCUACUUAGCAACGAAUAUCAACGAGGAUGACCAGCAAAAGCUCCUUCCAGUUGGCCACGCAGGCUCACCCUGUCAAGUAUUGGCUAGAUUUAAAGAAGUAAUUGUGAGAAAAUUUUGGAUCGAUGCCCAGCUGAUAGGUAU